AAUUGAAGUUUGCACUUAUAAAAUAACUGAAAGUAAUGAGAAUAUGUAUAUAUUAUACAUGUAAUUUGUAACAUAUAUGUUAAACCUGGUAGCUUGGUUAAUGAAGGACUAGAAGAAAAAGUUGACAUAAAAUACAAUUGGAACCAUAAAGGGCUUUAAUUCUUUCCUCCUCCUUCUCUCUCCUUUGUUUAUUGUUCCAGGCACAAGAAAUAUCAUAUUAUAUUUGAUUUGAAAACUUUAUUAUCUGGGUAAUAAUGUUGAGAAUCCCCAUUUAAACAUUCUUAAUGGACUACUGCCUUGAAAUUAUUAUUAGUCUUCUGACUUAAUUAUAUAGAAUAAAUGUAAAAUAAAAAGUGAUUGCAUCAGAACAUGGCUUUGGGGGAUAUUUUGGAAGAAAAUACUUAAAUCUGAGCCAUAAUUUCUUUCCAGUGCAGCAUUUGAAUUUCAGACUUCAACCGCAGUUGUGAUUGUUUUUAGUUUGUUAGCUGCCUGGAGUGUUAUUUUAAGAAAGCAGAAGCACCUUCAUUUGCACACUCCUUAUAGAUCACACACCUUAACCCUGACUUUUUAGCUCCAGUUUUUCAAAAGAAGUGAAGUCAAGAUGAAGAGCUAUUUGCUUUUCUUGGGAGUCCUGGCCAUUUUUGUUAAGGCUGUUCUUGUGACAGCCCAAGAUGAAGAUGAAGGGACUGUUCUUGUUGACAACAAAUGUAAAUGUGCCCGGAUUACUUCCAGGGUCAUCCCUUCUGCCGAAGAUCCUAGUCAAGACAUUGUGGAGAGAAAGAUCAGAAUUAUUGUUCCUCUGAACAGCAGGGAGAAUAUCUCUGAUCCUACCUCACCACGGAGAACCAAUUUUGUGUACCAUUUGUCCGACCUCUGUAAAAAAUGUGAUCUUACAGAAGUGGAGCUGGAUAAUCAAGUAGUUACUGCAACCCGGAGCAAUAUGUGUGCUGAAGACACUGAGACCUGUUACACUUAUGACAGAAACAAGUGCUAUACAAACAGGGUCCCAUUUACCUAUGGUGGUCAGACCAAAAUGGUGGAAACAGCUUUAACCCCGGAUUCCUGCUAUCCUGACUAAUUUAAAUCAUCGCUGACUGCACAACUCCUUAUUUUGAAAGGCUCUCCAUUUUAAUUCCAGGUAGUUAAUAUAUUUACUACCGAUGAAUUUGAAACCAUGAUUUUUUUUUUUAAGAAAAUAUAAAACCAACUAUCCCACUCCUACCCCUGGCAAAUAACUGAAAUAGUAACAUUGUUAUUUUUUAAGGUAAAUUUCUAGCAUUUAAAAAAUUAGACAAGGGGAGAAAAUAAAACCCAAAGAGUAAAAAUCAGGAGAUAUAAUUAAAUUUUGCCUCUUUUUUCUUUUCUUGGCUUUGCGCUGGAGAGCCUGAGCUUUUGCACACUUCAUACUAUUCUCUUUAAAAAAAGUAUCACUGUGCAGAGAAAAUUUAUAUGUAAAUAUAGGUCAAUUAUUUGUCUUCAUUAGAAAAGUAAUAAUUGGAAAACAUGUUUUGGAAAUAUUCAUAAAGUAAUUAAAAAUGGGAUCUCUAAUAUUUAUGAAACCAAUUAACUGAAAGUGACAUAAUUAAAUGCAUAAUUGAAAAACAUUUUGAUACUACAGAUUUGGGAGGAAAUGAUAUGGAUUUUUUAAUAAACUUUUUUUUGAUAAUCAGGAUAGUGUGAGAAGUUCCCAUAGGAAAUCACCCCUGUUGUAACUGAAUCUAACAAAUUAUGUAUUCCAAAAUAUGUAUUCUCUAUCACAGUUUGAACAAUUAAAUAGAUUCAUAAGCAUA